CGCUGCAGGCCGCUCCCCGGAAGGCCGCAUCCUGCGCGGCUGGACAGCGCCUGGCGCCGGACUCCUCUUUCUCCCGGAAGCGGAGCACCGAGCCGGCAAAGGCUUGGGUGUGAGACAGCAGCGGUGGCAGACACCGCAGAAGCAAAGAGCGGUGAGGCUCCUGCAUUCGGGUGGAGCACCAUGGACGAAGCUGGCAGCUCUGCGAGCGGCGGGGGCUUCCGCCCGGGCGUGGACAGCCUGGACGAACCGCCCAACAGCCGCAUCUUCCUUGUGAUCAGCAAGUACACGCCUGAGUCAGUGCUGAGGGAGCGCUUCUCGCCUUUUGGCGACAUCCAGGACAUCUGGGUGGUGCGGGACAAGCACACCAAGGAGUCCAAGGGCAUUGCUUUCGUCAAGUUCGCCCGCAGCUCACAGGCCUGCAGGGCCAUGGAGGAGAUGCAUGGCCAGUGCCUCGGCCCCAACGACACCAAGCCCAUCAAGGUUUUCAUUGCUCAGUCCCGAUCGUCUGGAAGUCACCGAGAUGUUGAAGAUGAAGAACUUACAAGAAUCUUUGUUAUGAUACCAAAGUCCUACACAGAAGAAGAUCUGCGGGAAAAAUUUAAGGUGUAUGGAGAUAUCGAGUAUUGCAGCAUUAUUAAGAAUAAAAUCACUGGAGAAAGUAAAGGUUUGGGCUACGUACGAUACUUAAAACCAUCACAAGCUGCCCAAGCAAUAGAAAACUGUGAUCGAAGUUUUAGAGCAAUCUUGGCUGAACCUAAAAAUAAAGCAUCUGAAUCCUCUGAACAAGAUUAUUAUAGUAAUAUGAGGCAAGAAGCUUUGGGACAUGAACCUAGAGUAAAUAUGUUUCCAUUUGAACAACAAUCUGAAUUUUCAAGUUUUGACAAGAAUGACAGCCGAGGCCAGGAAGCAAUCUCCAAACGCUUGUCAGUUGUAUCAAGAGUUCCUUUCACUGAAGAACAGCUUUUCAGCAUUUUUGAUAUAGUACCAGGAUUGGAAUAUUGUGAAGUUCAACGAGAUCCUUAUUCAAAUUAUGGUCAUGGAGUGGUUCAGUAUUUUAAUGUAGCAUCAGCUAUUUAUGCAAAAUACAAAUUACAUGGAUUUCAGUACCCUCCUGGGAACCGAAUAGGUGUUUCCUUCAUUGAUGAUGGAAGUAAUGCAACAGAUCUCCUUAGAAAAAUGGCAACACAGAUGGUAGCUGCACAGCUUGCAUCAAUGGUGUGGAAUAACCCAAGUCAGCAACAAUUUAUGCAAUUUGGAGGAAGCUCUGGAUCACAGUUGCCUCAAAUCCAGACAGAUGUUGUACUUCCAUCAUGCAAAAAAAAAGCCCCUGCUGAAACUCCUGUGAAAGAAAGACUUUUUAUUGUGUUUAAUCCUCAUCCUUUACCUUUAGACGUAUUAGAAGAUAUAUUCUGUCGUUUUGGUAACCUGAUCGAAGUUUACCUUGUGUCAGGAAAAAAUGUGGGGUAUGCCAAGUAUGCCGAUAGAAUAAGUGCUAAUGAUGCCAUUGCCACUCUACAUGGAAAGAUUCUGAAUGGGGUGAGACUUAAAGUUAUGCUGGCAGAUUCGCCAAGAGAAGAAUCUAACAAACGGCAAAGAACUUACUGAUUCUUGAG